ACAUGUAAAAAACAAAACUUCUUGAUAUUGUUUUAUUGUAUUGCCAAAACAUUUUGAGUUUCCAAAGCAAAGCAACUUCCAAUACUUAAUCAGGUUUUCAAAGUUUAGUGAAUUUUAUUAUGUCUUACCAAGUUGUAGGGCUUGAGAAUCUUAUACAGCCAAUGAGCUAGAUAUUGAACUCAUGUAGAUCAUGUAUAUCCUAACUUGCAUGAGUAUUUUGUAUGAUUAACAACAGCAACGCACAUAAAUAUUUACUGAUUGAUGUUACCACAUGCUAGAAAACAAAAUGAUUUAAUUUGUAUUUGUUGGUAAAUGUAAAUCUCUUUUCCUCUAGCAAAUGCAUAGAAUGCACCACAUCCUCAAAUGAAGUUAAGAAACAUGAGAAACAUGCAAGUCAUGUCAAACAUAAUGUUGACCCUUUCAAACAAUUAUAUGUACAGUCAUAGUCUGAUGCAUGUUACUCAUCUCAGGUUUCUGAAUAGAGCUGCAAUUAUAAGGAAUGGUGAUAUAAAUGCUGACGGUUCUGCGAGAAACUCUUGGGAGCUUUGCAACAUCCAGCAAAUAGAGGAGGUCAAAUGCUUGAUAAGAAUUGUGCCAAUUUAUGUUUCUGGAGUCUUAUGCUUUGUCGCAUUGGCUCAGCAAUUCACCUAUAUAAUCUUGCAAACAUUUACAAUGGACUGUCACUUUGGGAUGCACUUUGAAAUUCCAGCAGGCUCUGUUGUAUCCAUAUCCCUCAUUGCCCUAACUAUAUUUAUUCCCAUUUAUGACCGGAUUUUAGUACCUAUAGCUAGACGAUUCACUGGAGUGGAAAGUGGUAUUACACUUCUACAGAGACAGGGGAUAGGGUUGGUCAUUUCUUCCAUUUCAAUGGUGGUAGCAGGACUUGUUGAACACAAGAGGAGGAACUCAGCUUUGUCGAAUGGAGGAAUAUCACCUAUGUCAGUGAUGUGGCUUGCACCCCAACUUGUUUUAAUGGGUAUCGCUGAGGCCUUCAAUGCAGUUGGACAAAUAGAAUUCUACAAUAAGCAGUUUCCUGAGAAUAUGCAAACCCUAGCAGGAUCUUUGUUCUUCUGUACAAUAGCUGGAGCGAACUACCUGAGUACUGCUAUGGUAAACAUCAUGAGAAGGGUCACUACCAGAGAUGGUCAAUCAAGCUGGUUAACAGACGAUAUUAAUCUUGGCAAACUUGACUAUUUCUUUUAUUUUAUUGCCCUCAUGGGAGUCCUGAAUCUUAUUUACUUUCUUAUAUGCUCACAUUACUACCAAUACAAGGUCAUGUCACUCCACACGGAAGAAUCGAUAAAAAUACCUACUAAGGAAGAAGCCACAGAGAUAGCCAUUGACACAGAUGCACCUAGCAAAUGAAUAGUGCAACUGCAGAUCUAAUUGGUCCGGCGCAGUGAAUAUACCUCGGGCAUGGUCACACAUUGAAAUUUCAAUUUUGAAUUUGAGGAGCCCCUUGUGUUUGUAACAUCAAAUAGACUUCCAUGUCAUCUUAUGAAUGUGACAUAAACAAGAGUACCAUAGUUUAGUAAGUGGGUGACAUGUUAUCUAGCAAACAUGAAUAAGAGCUUAAAUGGUCUGUCCCGUUUAAUUAGAAAUAAUGGAAUCUGAGUGUACUAGUACUAGUUUAUGAAACCUAAUCAAGUGCAUAAUGAUUAUGUGACAAGCACAUACCAUACACCAUCUUUCUCUAGUACCACCUUUCGUGAGCAUAAUGUUUGAAAUUCUCGUAGAUACUUUAGGAACAGGAUUUGCAGUAAGUAGCUGGCUAUGAAGCAAUAGGAGAAAGUGAGUUCCAGUUAUAUGUGAAACAAAUUGCCGAGAUAUGUAUCUUUCAACUAUUCAUGUAGGUAUUCUC